CUGUGCGCCUGCCCAUUCGCGCACCAUACCCUACCUUACCCCGGUGCCCACUGUCCCGGUUCAGUUCCUUGUGCAGCGGUGGCGGGGCAGGGGAGAUCGUGUCCAAGCUAUGAGGCACGCAGUGUGUGUUGCGGCGGAGUGACUUGCGCCCAGGAACCGUAGCUGUAGGCACAGCCCACCGAGAUGGCAAGCCCUUGGAGCGCGCAGUACGUUCCCCCUUCGUCAGAGUAGCGAUCCGGUGCGCCCCUGGACUCCGCCUUCUCUCCUGCAGCGGCCUUCGAAACCUUCCCUUCAACAUGCACUCGGCUAACGGCACUGUGCAGUUCUUGCCUGAGGACUUCGCUCUUCUCAGGAACCUUAUAGAGGAGGUUAUAGAGAACCGAUGUAAGAACGACACCAGCGCUGUCAUUAAGGAGCUGCGGUCUCUGCUGCAACGGGAGAAUGCAACCAGCACUGAGGUCGAGGAGUCUUCUUCGGAGGACUCCCUCGCGGUUGUUUACAUCGUGUUCGUCCUGAUGUUCUUCGCCGCUUCGCUCCUCGUCAUCAUCAUCAAGUACCUCCGUCGAGAGCGAGAGUCUUCGCGUCUCCAGCAGUUCUACGAAGACUACCUGCAGAACAAGUAUCCCAGUUUAGUGGUCCAUUAUGACGAGACUGGACGACGCCUUCACCCUCAGCAGUCCUUUGAUUCCACUCGUUAUAGCAGUCCGCCGCCCACGCCCCUCGUGUCUCCAGUGACCACGCCCUCCGUUACGCCAAUCGCAACGCCCAUGUUGACGCCCACAGACUCCCCUCUUGAAAGUCCUCUCUAAGAGGAGGCGAGAGGUCAGGGCCAAAUGUAAUAUGAAAACAAAAUAUGGCAGCCACACAUCUAAAAAGUUUAAUUGAAUUGAACUGGAAUACUUUCCAAAGGGAGUGACUAGAACAUAUAUUUGUUAUUUAUUUAUUUUUUGUCUGUUCAAUGAGAUAAAUAUAUGCGUGUAUUUUGCAGGUAUGGAUUUGAGCUUUUGUUCUUUACAAGUGAUGUUAUGGUAACUCCGUACUGGUUAAUUCUCCUAUUUCAGUGCGUAUUUUACUCUAGUCAGACAUAUUUCAUGUCAGUAUAAAUUGGAAAAUGUAUAUUUAUAUUUUUAAAGAGGCAUGAUUCAUAUUCACGUACCCAAUUCGAAAAAAAAAACAUAUUCUCACAAUUAAAUAUAAGCGCUUAUAUAUUUUUUUUGUAAAAAGUUUACCAGUGCAAUAAAACAAACAAACAUACAGUUUUCAGACUUGUAUGUACUACAUACUGGUGUGUACUAGUCGGCACUGAAAUGUGUGACGUAAAUGGAUCAAGAAAUAUAUAAAGAAUGAUAUAAAGAAAGGUAUCAGUAGCACAUUCACUAUAUGUACAUAUCCGACAUUCACCUAUAUUUACUGUGAAUAUAUGUAGUCUUCUAUGUAAUUCGAUAAGUUGUUUGAUGGAAUAUUUAAAUCUAUAUGGUACCUGUAUUUCAGUAGUUUCCAGUAUGAUUUUCUUCAUAUAUCUAAUUUCAUCGCUUUUUUAUUAGUAAAGUUUACCUGGAUAUAAUAGGUCAGUUACCAACCAAAGAAAGUUUGAUUUA